CGGUUAUGGAGGUGACCGAGGAAAUGCGUCUGUAUGAUAGCUGACUCUUCAACAGUACAGCGAUACCACAGUGGCUUUCAACUCUGAUUUCUCUGAACAAGGAAUGAUCAUACUCCUGGGCUCAUUUGUUAAACUUCAUGCUUGGAAAUGGAAAGAGAGGACAGGACCCCCGUGUUUACAGACAGGAAAAACACGGAAGCCAGAGCGGAUUUUCCACAAUCUGACUGUCUGUCGUUGAACAGUUACAGCUCCAGAGAUGUUCCUCUGACUUUCAGUAAUGAACCCCGAUCACCUGACUCAAAACAAAAGAUGACGUCUGGUGAAAAAUGUGAGGAGAUCAGAGCAGACUCUCCAGUUUCCACCAAACUGUCUCUGAAGAGUGACCACUCCAGAGAAGUUCCUCUCACCUUCAGUGAUGGGCCAGGACUAUCUGACACAAAAUCAAAGAUGAGUUCUGGAGGGCGUCCGGACGAAGAGAGAGCAGGCUCUCCAGUUUCUACCUGUCCUUCCCUGAAGAGUGACCACUCCAAAGAUGUUCCUUUCACCUUCAAUGAUAAACAUGGACUGUUUGACACAAAGGAGAGGAAGAGGACUUGUGAUGACAUCGACAGUCCAUUGCCCUGCUGUGUUUUGUGCAAAGAGAUCGUGAAGCAUGCAGAAUUUAGCAGCUGUGGACACUGCUUCUGCAAGGAGUGUAUUGCUUCUUAUUGGGAAGAAUCUAAUUCAGCAGGUGAUCCUCCCUGUCCUGUAUGCGGAAAAAGAUGCAGAAAAAAUCCAAGAUUGCAGACAAUUGUUCAAAGCAGCAUUGAACAAGGCAAUUGCAGUCUGCAGGAGGUUUUAGACACUCAUAAGCUCAGUCUCAAACAAAGAUGUGAAAUUGCAAUAGAAGGGACAGCUGAAGUGGGAAUUAUCACCCACCUGAACAGUAUCUACACUGAGCUUUACAUCACUGAAGGCCAAUGUGAAGGAGUUAACGUCCAGCAUGAAGUGUGGCAGCUUGAGACAAUAUCCAAAAAUGAGAACCUGCAUGAAACUCCAAUCAAAUGCCAUGACAUCUUCAAGGUCUUACCUGGACAAAAGGGAUUAGUCAGAGUAGUCCUAACAACCGGCAUCGCUGGCAUCGGAAAAACCUUCUCAGUGCAGAAGUUCACCCUCGACUGGGCAGAGGGCCUGGAAAACCAAGAUAUCAGCCUUGUGAUUCUGCUCUCUUUCAGGGAACUGAACUUGGUCAAAGAGGAGCAGUACAGUCUCUUGAGGCUGCUUCACGAUUUUCACCCAAUGCUACAGUCAGUCACAGCUCAAAAGCUUGCUCUCUGUAAAGUUUUGUUCAUUUUUGAUGGUUUGGACGAAAGCAGACUUUCGUUGGACUUCCACAACAAUGAGACUGUGUCAGAUGUCAACCAGAGGUCAUCAAUCAGCUUGCUCUUGAUGAACCUCAUCAGGGGGAAUCUGCUCCCUUCAGCUCUCUUGUGGAUAACUUCCAGACCUGCAGCAGCCAAUCAGAUCCUUCCAUCUUAUGUGGACAGGAUGACAGAAGUACGAGGUUUUACAGACGCACAGAAAGAAGAGUACUUCAGGAAGAGAUUCAGUGAUGAUCCAAUGUCCAGCAGAGUGGUCUCACACAUUAAGGCAUCCAGGAGCCUCUACAUUAUGUGUUACAUCCCAGUUUUCUGUUGGAUCACUGCUACAGUCCUGAAGCACAUGUUGUCUGCUGACCAAAAAGAGCUGCCCAAGACCCUGACCGAGAUGUACGCACACUUUCUGCUGGUUCAGACCAAGAGGAAAACACAGAAGUAUGAUCAGGAGCAUGGAGCAACUCAGCAGGAACAGAUGCAGAUAAACAAGGAAGUCCUUCUGAAGUUGGGGAGACUUGCAUUUGAAAAUCUGGAAAAGGGAAACAUCAUGUUCUACCAGGAAGACCUGGAGAGUUGUGGUCUUGAUGUCAGAGAAGCCUUAGUUUUCUCAGGACUGUGCACUGAGAUCUUCAAACAAGAGUGCGUACUCUUUCAGAAGAUGAUUUACUGCUUUGUUCAUUUGAGUAUUCAAGAGUUUCUUGCAGCUGUCUAUAUGAUUGACUGUUAUCUCAACAAGGAGGUGGAAGUGCUGGUGACGUUCGUGGGAGAAGACUGGGACAAAAACAGCAGCGAAGCAGGUCUUGAUAUCUUUCUCAGCAGAGUUGUUAAAAAGUCCUUGAACAGUGGAAAUGGCCAUCUAGACCUCUUUGUUCGCUUCCUUCAUGGACUACUGUUGGAGUCCAACCAUCAUCUUUUAGAAGGUCUGGUAGGCUGGACAGCAAGCAGUACAGAAAGCAUCCAGAGAGCAAUAAACAACCUGAAGAAGAUGAAUGCAUAUGAUACUUCUCCUGACAGAUGCAUCAACAUCUUCCACUGUUUGAUGGAGAUGAAUGACCAGUCAGUGCACCAGGAUAUUCAAGAGUAUCUGCAGUCAGACAAUAGAUCAGAGAAAAAACUGACUAAGACCCAUUGCUCUGCACUUGCCUACAUGCUGCAGAUGUCUGAGGAGGUUCUUGAUGUCUUGGAUCUGAAGAAAUACAACUCAACCAUAGAUGGAAGGCGGAGAUUGCUUCCAGCUGUGAGAAACUGCAGACAUGCUAAACUUUCUUGCUGUGGACUCUCUGAGUGGCAUUGUGAAGUUUUAUCUUCAGCUCUCAUGUCAAACCCCUCCCAUCUUCGGGAGCUGGACCUGAGUGAAAAUGACUACCUGCUGGAUUCAGGAGUGAAGCUGCUGUGUGUCGGCCUAAGAAAUCCAAACUGCAGACUGGAGAUUUUAAGCUUGAAGAGCUGCAGUUUGUCAGACAGUUGCUGUGAUUCUUUGGCAGCAGCACUGAUGUCCACCUCUUCUUGUCUGAGAGAGCUGGACUUAAGUGACAACAACUACCUCAAGGAUGCUGGGGUUAAACUGCUUUCGACUGGACUAGAGAGUCCACACUGUCGACUGGAAACUUUGAGGUUAAGUUGUUGCAGGCUAUCAGAAAUAGGCUGUGCACAUGUGGCCUCAGCUAUAAAGUCCAACCCCUCACAUUUGAAAGAGAUAGACCUGAGUAAAAACAAAGUUAAGGAUCGAGGGGUCAUCCUACUGUCUGCUGCACUGCAGACUCCUGAGUGCAAACUGAAACUUCUGAGGAUUGAUAAAUGUGGGCUUACAGAGGAUUGCUGCACUUCCUUGUCUUCUGCUCUCGAGUCCAACCCAUCAAGUGUGAAAGAGCUGGAACUGAGUAACAAUGAUUUGCAGGACUCAGGAGUGAAGCUACUGUGUGUUGGACUCAGGAGUGCCAGUUGUGGAUUGGAGGCUCUGAGGUUGAGGGGCUGCUGGCUGUCAGAAAACUGCUGUGCUGAUCUGGCUUCAGCUUUAAUGUGUGACUCAUCCAGUCUGAGGGAGCUUGAUCUAUGUGAAAACGAUUUACAGGACUCAGGGGUUGAGCUGCUGUCUACUGGACUAAAGAGUACACAUUGUAGACUAGAGACCCUAAAGCUGAUUCACUGUGGGAUCACAAGUGAAGGCUGUGCUUCUCUGGCAGCAGCUCUGAAGUCCAACCCUUCCCAUCUACGUGAGCUGGACUUAGGUAAAAACAGCUUUCAGGGGUCAGGUGUGAACCUGUUGUCUGAAAUCCUGGAGAGCCCACAUUGUCGACUGGAGACUCUUAGAAUGGAAGAGAUGAAGUAAACCUGGAGUUUAUCUCCUCACAAGCCAUGUGAUGCUAGAGCUGCAAGGAUCACCGUUGCACCACAAUGCUGACAGAAAGAGCACUUUAUUUCUUUUUAAUUUUGUUAAAAUAGAAAGUCUGAUUUUAGUCAACUGCUGACUACAAAAUUUCAAACAAGAGUAAAGGGUUAGGGUUAGGGGGUUAGGGUUAGGGUUAGGGUCAGAUAAGUGAAUUUAUUUCUUUUGAAGUGUAUAUUGUUUGAGAUCUCCAUCAUCUAUUUAUGAAACUUUGCCACAUGAAUUGUUUAAGGGUUUUUUAAGGCUUUUUACCAGUCCAUGUAUUAAUAGUUUGAAAAAGAAAUCACCUUACAUAAUCAGAAAUGUCCUCUUUUUUGUGUACUGUAACUUUUUAUAAAUAUAUCUUUUUCUACAGUCAAUCAUGAAUUUCAGUUCUUUUUCUAGGAAGUUUUUCCUUGCCAUUGUACCUGUAUUACACAGCAUAUGUUCUAGUCCUGCUCUGUUCUAGUGCACCUCAUAAACCUCUACCUUAUUCGUUGAGCUCGAAUGAGCUUUACUUCCAGUUGUGGAAGUAAAUACACCUAACCUUUAUGAAUGAUCAUUUGUUAACUAAAACGAUUCCAGUUCAUGCUGUUUUUUU